AUGGCGUCAUCUGACGUGAAAUACGCCGUUGAUUUACAAUGUGAGAAGAAUAACCAGGCGCACAGGACUGAUGUGAUGUCCACCCAGCGACUAAUCGUCAGACGAGGACAAGCCUUCCACAUCACAGUGCAAGUGAACAAGGAUAAAUUUACCAUAGACCACAAAGACAUUGUGUUUUCCGUGGAAACAGGGCCAAUGACUUCAGAAUCACUUGGAAGCAAAUGCCUGUUUCAACUCAAGUCAAUGAAUCCAAAGCAGUGGAGUGGGGAAGUUGUUUCCACCACUGAAACCACAUUGGUCUUGGCUGUGUUCCCUCCACCAAAUGCCAAGAUUGGGAGAUACUCCUUAACUCUCCUGAACCCCACAGGACAGGAGUACUUGAAGUCCACACUUGGAGAGUUUGUCGUGCUUUUCAACCCAUGGUGCCCAGAGGAUGAUGUAUUUCUGAACAAUGAGGACCAGCGACAGGAAUAUAUAAUGAAUCAGAAUGGACUCAUCUUUAAUGGUAAUAUUAACAGUAUUCUAGCUCGUCCCUGGAGCUUUGGACAGUUUGAAGAAGGCGUUUUGGAUGCUUGUCUGAAGAUAUUGGAUAAAAAUCUCAAAUUCCUCCAAAAUCCAGCAAAGGACAUUAUUCGCAGAAAUGACCCUGUUUAUAUCUGCAGAGUUGUGUCAGCUAUGGUGAAUUCUAAUGAUGACAAAGGGGUACUUUAUGGCAAAUGGAAUAAACCAUUUACUGAUGGCACGUAUCCCUGGUCAUGGAAUGGAAGUGUUGCAAUCCUUAACCAAUGGUAUAGAGAAGACGGUCAGGCAGUUCGCUACGGGCAGUGCUGGGUGUUUGCAGGAGUGGCUUGCACAGUCUUGAGGUGCUUAGGAAUUCCUUCUCGUGUUGUCACAAAUUUUAAUUCUGCUCAUGACACAAAUGGCGAUUUAAUAAUUGAAGAACUAAUUGAUGAAUCUGGGAAAAUACGCGGUGAAAGUGUGUGGAACUUCCAUGUCUGGAUAGAGGCCUGGAUGGCCCGAAAUGACUUGAAGUCAGGUUAUGAUGGUUGGCAGGCAGUGGACCCAACACCACAGGAGAGAAGUCAAGCUCUUUACUGCUGUGGACCUGCUCCAGUUAAAGCAAUCAAAGAAGGGGCAGUGGAGAUGAAGUAUGAUGUUCCGUUUAUUUAUGCGGAGGUCAAUGCAGAUAUUGUCACUUCAAUACGUGGCAUGGAUGGCACAAAACAAAUCACAUCUGUUAAAACUAGACAUGUGGGCCAAUUCAUCAGCACCAAGACAUGUGGCUCCAAUAAUCGUGACGAUAUCACAAAUGACUACAAGUUUCAUGAGGGGACUGAACAAGAAAGACAAAUAUUUAAUGAAGCUCGGCUCAGAAGUAAACUGAAAGUUGCACCAUUUGGAGAACAUGGUUUGCAAACUUCAUCUUAA